AUGGCAAGGUGGCAACGAUAUGCGGACACCAUCAGCUCUUACUCGAGGCUCUCUGCAGCCGAUUCCCUAUACACUGGCACACAUUUUGAAAGUCUCGCCUCAUAUUUACAAAUCCCCUUCCAGCCCUCAGAUUCAAGAUCCGAUGCUAGUCCAGUGGGCACUGAACCUCAGUUCCUGUCUGUAUACGAUAUGACCGUCGAUAACCGAUGGAGAGUGACACAUUUCAGAAGCGUCAACGAUUUCGAAAGUACCAGUUGGGUUAAUUCAAGUCCGAGGAUCAUAUUCAUGAGAGGGCUACCUUCUCCAGAAUGGCUACUGUCAAUCGGAGUUAAGUUUGAGUUGGAUCCUGAAUUCUUCCUACGCCAUCUUGACUUCUACAAAGGGCCGCCGUAUCAUUUUGGUUAUCCUUGUCUACCCUCAGCAAACGAGUGCAUGACUCGUCUUCGUGUGACAACUGUUGGGUACUAUAAGAUAAACUUUAGCAUGAAAAAUAGCCAUGCGGUCGUAGAGUCAAUGCAAAGAGAGAGUGCCGGUCUGAUGGACGCAUAUCUUCAGAAAAUCAAGACUCGCCGUCAUUCUCGGGUUGGUGAUUCCAUCUUCAGGGACAUCUCUGUUCAUGACUCAGAGCAUUUUACAAUUGAGCAAGACAUAUCAGUCUACAUUGGAACGUAUCAAGAUGACUGGAUAGGGUACAUAGUCUUCGUCUGGCUUGACAAUGGGGAGGAAGUAAGUACCGAAUUGACGCAAUGGCUAAAGGAAUCAUCUGCGUUAUUUAGAUCAUGGCAAACAGGCUAUCUUCCCAUUGUACAAUGUCAGCCUGGUAUCGCACUACGAACUCCACCUGUUUCAACCAGGGGUCGGAGUUUGUCGACUGUUAACACGCCCCAAAGUGCAUCAUGGCUCCAUCUGAACUACGGCCAAAGCUUGAGCUCAGACUUGGCCGGAAAGAGUCCGUUCUAUGCUCUCUACCAAGUUUUUUGCUUUGUUGCGUCGUCAGAGAUCCAAUUUCUCAAUAUGCUCCAGUCAAAGAUCGAAAAGGAAUUGAAGUCCUCUGCAAUUGUGCAGCAAAAGAACCCCACAUUGUCGUCUCUUCUGUACAACCAGCAGGUGCUCGAUAGGCAUAUUCAGCGCAUCCGGGAAAAUGUUACAUUCAUUCAACAAUAUAAGAAUCUGGACGAUUACAAGGAUGACGAUGCAACCCGGUUGUAUGAUAAAGUACUCCGGGAUUUUGAGCAUCUCCUCGCCCGAGCAACAAGCCUGUCUAAGCAGUGUAAUCGCGGCAUGCAAGUCAUCAUGAAUAAUGCAACCAUCAAAGAAUCUCGCAAAGCCAUAUCGCAGGCGGAAGGAGUCGCCAUGCUGACUCGGCUAGCAUUUCUUUUCAUCCCGUUGAGCUAUGUUUCAUCUGUAUUUGGUAUGAAUUUUGCACAAUUCGGACAAGGUAAAUUGAGCCUUUGGCUCUGGCCAGUGGUGUCAGUUCCGGUCUUUGCGAUUACGUUGCUAUUGGUUCGGUUUGAUGUCUUUGACUAUUUCAGCGGAUUGAUUAGCAGCACAGCAGGGAAUAUGUCAUAG